AUGGCGGCGUCGGGGGCGAACGGCCCCGGGCCCGGCUCGGGUUCGGCCUCGGGUUCGAGCUCGGCCUCGGCGGCGGCCUCGGCAGCCAACCCGCGCAAGUUCAGCGAGAAGAUCGCGCUGCAGAAGCAGCGUCAGGCCGAAGAAACGGCGGCCUUCGAGGAGGUGAUGAUGGACAUCGGCUCCACCCGGUUACAGGCACAAAAACUUCGAUUAGCUCAUACUCGUGGCCCCUAUUAUGGUGGCUCUCUGCCCAAUGUUAACCAGAUUGGCUGUAGCCUGGCGGAGUUCCAGAACCCCCUCCAUUCAUCCCUGGAUUCACGGAAUACACGGCACCAUGGUCUGGUGGAGCGGGUUCAGCGGGAUCCCCGAAGGAUGAUGUCUCCUCUACGCCGUUACGCCCGCCACAUUGACAGCUCCCCUUAUAGUCCAGCCUACUUAUCUCCUCCUCCCGAUUCCAGCUGGAGAAGAACAAUGCCCUGGGGUAACUUCCCUGCUGAGAAGGGGCAGCUGUUCCGACUUCCAUCUGCACUCAACAGGACAAGCUCAGACUCUGCCCUCCACACAAGUGUGAUGAACCCUAAUCCCCAGGACACAUACCCAGGCCCCCCACCGCCCACUGCCAUGCCCAACCGCCGGGGUGGUUUGGUAGAUGAGGAAGCAGAUUCAAAAGUCUUUGUCUUUCAAGUUCCUGCAGUCGAGGAGAACUUGUUGGAUGACAAGCAUUUGUUGAAGCCCUGGGAUCCUAAGAAGCUGUCUUCUUCUGCCCGACCUCGAUCCUGUGAAGUCCCUGGGAUUAACAUCUUCCCAUCCCCUGACCAGCCUGCUAACGUACCCCUCCUUCCACCUACCCUGAAUACCGGUGGCUCCCUGCCUGACCUCACCAACCUACACUUCCCUUCACCACUGCCCACACCCCUUGACCCAGAAGAGACAACCUAUGCUAGUCUGAGUGGGGGCAGCAGUACCUCCAACUUGACCCACACCAUGACCCAUCUGGGCAUCAGUGGGGGCCUGGGCCUGGGUGUCAGCUGUGAUGGGCCAGGACUUAAUUCACCUCUCAACCACCCAUCCCUGCAGUCUUCCCUUAGCAAUCCCAACCUCCAGGCUUCUCUACAUAGUCCCCAACCCCAGCUUCAGGGCUCCCACAGUCAUCCCUCACUGCCUGCUUCCUCCUUUGCCCGUCAUACCAUGCCUGCUACCUCCCUGGGCCACCCUUCACUUAGUGCCCCAGCCCUUUCCUGCACCUCGUCUUCCUCGUCCCCUGCGCUGGGCGCCCUCCCAUAUCCCACUCCCACCCCUGGGGCCUCCCCCCGACACCGACGUGUGCCCCUCAGUCCCUUGAGCCUGCCCAUGGGUGGAGCUGACGCCAGACGGCCCCAGCAGCAGCUGCCCAAACAGUUCUCGCCAACAAUGUCACCCACCUUGUCUUCCAUCACUCAGGGUGUCCCCCUGGACACCAGUAAGCUGCCAGUUGACCAGCGGCUGCCCCCAUACUCCUAUAGCCCUCCUGGCCUGCUUCUGCCUGCCCAGCCAGCAGUCACCAAGCCGCUGCAGCAGCAGCAAGCACCGCCUCCCCCAUCCUGUCCGGUCCAGUCACCCGGUGGACAAAGGCAGUAUGGGGCACCAUCGUACCCACCUGCCUCCAGUGGGCAACAACCACACGCCCCACCCACGGGCGCCUUCAGCCUGGGGAACCUGUCUCUGCUCAGCUCACUCUUUGAUGACUCCCCCUUUGACCAGCUUUCUUCCUGGCACGCACAUUCUCUGUCUCAGCAGCUAGAGCAAUUCAGCAUGGAGAGUCCAUCGGGCAGCCUGACGCUGGACCCUCCCAGCUUCUCUGAGGGGCCGGGCUUCUCGGGGAAUGAUGAGCCAGGGGGUGGGGGGAAUGGCCCCCAAGACUCCCAUGCCCUCAACCGCCAGAACCUGACACACUGUGCCCGACACGGUCCAGUGCCCAACAUCAUCCUCACAGGAGAUUCCCCGCCUGGCUUCUCCAAGGAGAUUGCAGCAGCUCUGGCAGGGGUACCUGGCUUUGAGGUGGCAGCAACUGGAUUGGGAUUGGGGCUAGGGCUGGAAGAUGAGCUUCGGAUGGAACCGUUGAGCCUGGAUGGGCUGAACAUGUUGAGUGACCCCUAUGCUCUGCUGACCGACCCAGCUGUUGAGGACUCAUUCCGAAGUGACCGACUACAGUGAGGGAUGUAGGACUGGGCACAGUGGCAGUGCCCCACUUUUCUCUCAUCUUCCCUCCUCCCACUACCCUUUUUCUCCCUCCUCCCUCUCCCCCCUGGCCAGUAGAGACUCCACUCUCUGCCCCCAGCCCCUUUCCCCAACAUGAAUGAGACCAAGGGAUCACAGGAUUGUAUACAAAGGAAGGGAUGCCUGCUUUGAUGUAUGGCAUCGGGGGCAGACAUGGAAGAGCACUAGGGAGGGCCUGAAGCACUUGUAACUUUGAACCGUCUGUCUGGAGGUCAGAGCCUGUUGGAUGUCAGGGGGUGGAGGAGGGACUGGGUAGCAGGGCAUGCCCAGGUGGUGGUGGGGAGAGGUUGCAGUGUCGGCCCCUCCCCACAAUUUCCCCUUCCCCCCUUGCAGGAGAGAGCCAGAGUGGAUAUUAUUUUUUUUAAAUAUAUUAUAUGUUAAUUAAAAAAAUCACAUCAGA